CCAAAGGAUCCAAAGAAGCCAUCUGCUCACAUCGAAGCUGCCAACCUAGGAGACAAGACUUAUCAGGCCAACAUAAGUACUUCAACUAUGUCUCAGUUUAUAACACCCCGACACAUAGAUACUAAACUCUCAAAGCACGCAUUUAAAAGAGUUCUUUUUUUAAGCUUUCUCUUUUAACUGCCGCAUGACAAGGUCAUUUGGGAGUGGCUGAUCGGGAAGAUUGUGAUAGGCCCAAAAGAUCGUGAAAGUAUUAUAGGAUAAGCAAGUUUUUUUACCAGAUUCCCUCUUCUCUCCCUCCCUCCGAAUCUCUCGCGCUUUCCAGGGGACUGAGGAAAAGAGGUUUUGGUUCGAAACAGUUUUAAAAAGAUUUGAGACCCUGGGCCACCUUUUAAGCGUCCAAACGUUAAUGUUCGUUGAAUGUUAGUUGUUUAUCAUAGUUUUAAAACUCCAAAGAGAAACAGAAAAAAAUGACCAUGAACAUUUCUUUAUCUUUAACCCCCUACCGCGUCAGUAUAAUUCUUCCCUUUAUUUUUUUUCUAGUGAUCAAAGACUGGUCAGUCAGUGCCCCGUUCAGCCAUCUUGCAGGCGGUAUGAAGUACCAGGAUGGAAAACUGACUGUGCCUACCACUGGACGGUACUAUAUUUACCUGCAGAUCUAUUGUAAAACGCAAGGAAGAGUCUAUGUUCGUGCAAACAACCGAGUCAUCACCAUGAUUCAAUCGCCUACAACUUCGAGUGCCAUGUACGUAGGUGGAGUUUUUAACCUGACAGCUGGUGACGUCAUCACGUUUCUUUCUGCUUAUGCCAAUUUCCGAGUUUUCAUGUACAGCUAUCACACCUACUUUGGCGCGUAUUUGAUUUGA